AUGACUCGCUUUGGUUUCCUCUCUUUGGCUCUACUGUCUCUCCAGGCCUUUGUUGGCACCGGCUUUGCUGCUGAUGCUGAGAACACUGAAGCAGAUGUUCCCGCUCUGGCUGUCUCAGCCCAGGCUUCUUUCCCUGCUUCCGAGAUCUUCGGUAUCAAGCUUGUCAACGGUCACCCUACCCAGGCGCUGAUCGCCAUCUCCAACGAUGAGCCGAACCCUAUCACGGUGAACUUCGUCGGCGGUAGCCUUCGGAACCCCGAUGACGAGGCCCAAAUUGUCCGCAACUUGACGGCUACUCGUUAUGCUCUCGAGGUUCCCGCUGGCGAGAAGGAGACAAUCAGCUAUAGCUUCGCUACCGAGAUGCACCCCCAGGAUCUCCGGUUGACUCUUUCCGCCAUUAUUUCGGACAGCGAGGGCCGCUUGGUUCCUGUCGUUGCCCACAAUGGCACCGUUAGCAUCGUGGAGGCGGAUACCAGCAUCUUCGACCCCCAGAUCAUCUUCCUCUACUUCUUCCUGCUGGCCUGUGUCUCUGGCACCGGCUACUUCUUCUACACCGUUUGGGUCGCUCCCUACUUCCCCCAGAAGCGCAAGUCCGGAAAGACCAGCGAGAAGCGCACCCAGUCCAAGCGCGUUGAGACCCCAGUUGCCGAGGAGACUUCCACCGGCGCUGCGGUUUCUUCUACCAGUGCCUACAACGCUGAUUGGAUUCCCUCUCACCACAUCAACCGCCCUGAGGCCCGCAAGGUCAAAGGCCGCUCUAAGGCCCGUGCGUAA